AUGCCACGCAACAGCAGCAGCAGCGGCGGUGGCGGCAAGCGCGGCGGCCGCUACGCCGCCGUGGUGGAGAAGGACGAGAAUGCGUGGAAGCGGGAGUGGAGCAGCUUCAUGUCGGGGGUGAACCUCAAGCGGCUGCGGGAUGGCACUAGCGGCGUGGCGCUUAAGGCCUCCGCCGACAUUGAGCGCCAGCUGGUAGCGCGUGAGGCGGCGCCAUCGUCCUCGCCAGCUGCUGGUGCGCAUGGUAGCGGGUACGACGUGGAAGUGAACGAUGACGGCAUCCCUGUGGGGGCGAUCGCCAGCCAUGCCAGCUUCUCGUACCUGUUCUCGUCCCCAGCUGAGCGCCGCGCCGAGCGAGACGCGCGCGAGCAGGCGGAGUUGGAGCGCCGCCAGGCCCAGAAGCGCGAGCUCAUGGCCAAGAAAGACCCCUUGAGCGUGUUGAGCAAGCAUCAGCGCGCCAUGCACGACGCCGAGCAGCGCGGGCUGCAGCUCGACGGCAUGACGCGGAAGGAGCGACGUGACUUUCUUCACCUGACUGUGACGGAGGCGCAGAGGAAGGCAGAGGAGCAGUCGCGCGAGUUCAAGCUGCACGACCUGAUGGAUGAGAAGCUAGCUUGGUACCAGCAAGGGCCGCACCCAAUCGACCUCAUCGCCGAAAAGCUGGUUCGCCGCAAGGCGGAGAAGAAGGCGAAACAAUUGGGGCUCAAGUACAACUACCUGGCCCCGCACCCGUCCUGGCUCGCGAAGCGUGCGCAGCGCCGUCGCGAGAGUCUGCUCGUCGGUCUCGGCAAGCGCCUCAUCUUUUCGGAGAGAGUGACAGGCGAGGACAAGGACGACGAUACAACUGUCACAACGAGCGAAGUUAUGGUGACGGACCCGCUGCACCAUCUAACAGUGCCGUUGAGCGAAAUGGGGCGGCUGCUCGGGCAGCACGGCUCCGCAGCGGCAGCUGCAGCUGCCGCUGCGGAUGGGGAUGUGUUGGGGGCGGCAGCAGCUGGUGGCAGCAGCGGCGGUGACCUUGAAGGUGUGAAGGGAACAGACGAAGAGGGGGCGCAGCACUUGGGUGAUGAAAUCGACCGCGGGCACCGAGGUGACGUCACGGCCACUCGGAAGAAGGCUGGGUCUGCUUCCUCUGCCGCCUCCAGCGCUGGAGGAUGUCGUAGCGCCUCUCCAGGAAAGUGCACGAGUGGCGAGCCAGGCGAUGACGGCGUCGACAACGACGCGGCACAAGUCCGACUGCCGGACGUCGUGCUGCUGCAAGAUCCGUCCCGUAUCGCCACCUCGUUCGUGCGCGCCGUGGCACGGGAUCGCACGACGGCGCUAGCGAUCCAGCAAAUAAAUCGCACGACGAACUUCCUGAGCGCGGGAUUAGUGAAAGGCCCCAGUCUGCGCCCGGAGGAUGCGCUACCGGGCAAUGGUCUUCCCCUCCGAAGCAUCGGCACACCUCCGGCAGCAGCGGGGGUGGCGGCGGCGUCGACGUCGGCGCCGAAGAGCACUGCCGCCGGCAGAGGCCGCAAGCGUGUCCGUGUGGCCGAUGGUGAGGAAGAAGGCGGCGAGCGUCGUCGACACCGUCGCGGCGCGGACGCGACUGCCGCGGCGUCGCAGGCCAAAGCGUCAAAGCACGCCGCAUCUCCGUCUGAACGCCCACGCGGCGCGCACGCCUCCACUCGGUCCGUGAAGUCAGCAGCCGCGGCGGCACCUCGAAAAAGCAAGACGGCCAAGUAA